CAUUCUAUAAAUUAAUAGUAGCAUCUUUAGAUUUUGUUGUAUUGUUGUAUUCAGUGUUUGUAAGAUGGAGUUGAUAGAGAAGUUCGCCCAAUGGAUCGACGACGACGACAACGAUUACUCCUUUGGAGUAUCCGAAAGGUGUCGCUUAGAUGGAGAUAUUUACAAGAAAACCAAACCGAUGAACUUCAUCUCCACCGGCACCCAGAAAAUCGAUAACAAUGGCGGCUCUGCUGGUCUAGGGUUUACUGAGGAGGAGGAGGAUUUUUUGCCAACGGCGUUUGGGAAGAUGAUUAAGGAGGGAGCCUUGAAGAGGAUGAGAGAGAAGGAAAAGUCUAAGGGUAAGAGAGCUAGAGACGACGAAGGUGGUUUUGGUUUUGCAAGUGUUGGUGGUGAGUUUGAGAAGCACACCAAAGGGAUUGGUAUGAAACUGUUGCAAAAAAUGGGGUACAAAGGCGGUGGCCUUGGGAAGAAUGCACAUGGGAUUGUCACUCCGAUUCAGCCCAAACUUCGCCCCAAGAACAUGGGUAUAGGCUUUAACGAUUUCAACGAGACAGAAGAUAAGAAGAAGGGUUUGUUGGGCAGUGAGCGUGUGGGUGUAGAGAGAGUGAAGGAGAAGCGGUUGUGGUCGACGAAGAAGAAGUUGGAGAAUGAAGAGGACUUGAAAGAGGAGAAGGAUAGAUUGUUAGUCGUCUCUGAGAGGCAGAAGCGGCAGUUGUAUAGUAUGGUAGAGAUAUUGAAUGUGCUGGAUCAAUUGGAUGAAGACAGAUCCACAGGUGAGUUGACAUUGGAUUCACUUGCCGAGCUAUUCAUUCAGUUGAAGAGUAGAUUUGCCGAGGAUUAUAAGCUCUGUAACUUGUCUGUCAUCGCCUGCUCAUAUGCUCUGCCUUUGUUUAUUAGAGUUUUCCAGGGUUGGGACCCUCUUCAAAAUCCCUUUCACGGCUUUGAGAUUGUGUCUCUGUGGAAGAGUCUACUUCUGAGUGAUCAAGAGUUUACUGCUUCGCCUUAUGCCCAGUUGAUAUCCCAAGUUCUUUUACCAGCUGUUAGACUUUCUGUCAUCAAUACUUGGCAGGCUAGGGAACCUGAACCAAUGCUACGGUUCCUGGAUUCUUGGCAAAAGUUGUUACCCCAUUCCGUCCUCCACUACAUACUGGAUUACAUUGUCAUGCCAAAAUUAAAUAGUGCGGUGGGCUGUUGGGAACCUUUACGCGAAACUGUUCCAAUCCACCUUUGGGUGCACCCGUGGUUACAGUAUUUGGGACACAAAUUGGAAGGUAUCUUCGAGACUAUACGUUUCAAGUUGAGUCAAGUUCUUGUUGCUUGGCACCCAAGUGACGCAUCUGCCUAUACUAUUUUAUCUCCUUGGAAGGCUGUGUUUGAUUCAGCGAGUUGGGAACACCUUAUGAGCAGAUUUGUCGUUCCAAAGUUGCAGCUUAUUCUGCAGGAGUUCCAACUAAACCCUGCAAAUCAGAAGCUUGAUGAGUUUUAUUGGGUUAUGAAGUGGGCCUCUGAUAUUCCAAGUCAUCUUAUGGUUGAUAUGAUGGUGAGGUUCUUUUUUUCCAAGUGGCAACAGGUUUUGUAUCAUUGGUUACAAGCAAGCCCAAACUUUGAGGAGAUAACAAAUUGGUAUUUGGGAUGGAAGGAACUUCUUCCGAAGGAGCUUCUUGCAAACGAAAGUAUCCGGUAUCAGCUUAAUCGUGGUCUUGAGAUGAUGAACCAGGCUGUUGAAGGUUUGGAGGUGGUCCAACCUGGUUUGGAAGAGAACAUUGGCUAUUUUAGGGUACCAGAGCAAAGGCAAUUUGAGGCUCAACAGAAAGCAGUAACACAACAAUCUGCCAUGAGUUUUAGCAUGGAUGAUAUGAGUGUUAAGGAAGUUAUUGAAGUCCAUGCCCAACAACACGGCUUACUAUUCAAGCCUAAACCAGGCCGGAGGCAUGAUGGUCACCAGAUCUAUGCCUUUGGUAAUUUGAGUGUGAUAAUUGAUGCUCUAAAUCAAAAGGUGUAUGCUCAAACUGAGGAAGGGUGGUCCCUUGUAUCCCUUCAAGACUUAGUGGACAAGCACCAGAGUUCUCUUUCGUAGAGACGUUGAGCUCUGUGCUGAGAGGGAGGAGUGUUUCUGAUUUUUAGAUUGUAUUCAUUAGGCAUACAUUCACAGGCUAGCGUGUGCUAAUUGUUUCAGCUUGUCAUGGCUGGGAUUUUUGUUAGAAGAAUAGAUAUCGAGAAUUUAAUUGUCAUUGACAUCAACAGUUUUCCAUUUUGAUUUUCUCUUGUAUCAACAUUUUCUCAAUAUUUGAGCCACAUAUGAGAAA